UGCAAAUGAACGAAGAGGAAACUGUCAGCUGCAUUGUGGUUCAACCAAUAGAAGCACAGCUCCAUCUUGGAUGUGCACUGGACUGCAUUACAAACAGACGAUACCAUCGCUUCAACAGCAGCCUUCAGACAAGAGGUCACCUGUCCUUGAAGUUUAAAAGACUGGAAAUAGGAGAGAGAGAUACACUGAGCCAACAAGCUGAGAAGGAGCCACACAGAUUCAAAAGAGCAAUACAAGAAGUAGAAUCCCUAAGAAUGGCCUCCCUGACCUCCAGCCUCUGGAAUGAAACCACUACAUCUGUUUAUCAAUACCUUGGUUUUCAAGUUCAAAAAAUUUACCCUUUUCAUGAUAACUGGAACACUGCCUGCUUUGUCAUUCUGCUUUUAUUUAUAUUUACAGUGGUAUCUUUAGUGGUGUUGGCUUUCCUUUAUGAAGUGCUUGACUGUUGCUGCUGUGUAAAAAACAAAACUGUGAAAGACUUGAAAAGUGAACCUAACCCUCUUAGAAGUAUGAUGGACAACAUCAGAAAACGUGAAAUUGAAGUGGUCUAGCACUCUACUAAGAUGAACAAAAUCUCUGAAAACAGCCUUCAACUACUGAGAAAAAAAGAAAAUUUUCUGAGGCCAACUGUUAUUAUGAAAAUUGACUCUGAGUGAUUAAAAGAUUUCUAAAAGAAGGGAAAAACAAGUCAAAUAUGCACUUUGUGUGUGUGUAUCCCUUUCAUUAAAUGUACAGUAAAACUUCACAAGUGUAAGUUACCAAUCUAUUUAAAAUGAUAAUUCAAAAACUGGGUAAAAGAUUCCCAGAUUUCAAUAUUAAGCAACAAAAGGUAAGCCAGAAAACAUCAGCAAGAUCAAAUAACCCUGAUCUAAACAAACCAUGUGGACUAAAAAAUAAAACUUCCCUCCAUGUGUUUGGGUAAUAAAAAUGUUUACCUAAGUCCAAAGUAAAUAAUUCCACUUAUACAUAAAAUCCCUACUUAUUAAAAAGAAGUAUAUUC